GCGACCUACAAUUUCCUAUUGAAAUUUUUGUAUUUUGAAUUGAAUUCAGGUAACACUAAUAAGUGGGUUAGUAUACAAUUAGUAUUAUUAUUAUCAUUGUACCUCGAAGGCAAUUUUGGCAGCAUUAUUUGAGACCACAAAUUUUUGGAGGAUAUAGUAGUUCUUGUUUUAAUCUUCAUUCAGGCAACUGGAAACGGAUGGCUUUAACUCAAGCUGUGUUGCCUUCAUUUAGUUCAUUUUCAAACUUCUGCAACCCAGCUGACAACAUGAAGGUGUGGAAGUCUGAAGAUGGCUCACUGGGUUUGGAACCACAAGACAAAAGGUCCCAGUUUGAAAGUCUCAAUGCAGAAUACCAGGAGUUUCCUCAACUUUUCAGAGAAGAAUGCCUCGAUCAUGAUAAUGGAGUUAGCUGGGACAUGGAGUUCUUGGUCUCCGGCUGGGAUGCCUUGUCACCUGAUCUGAACUCUACCCAGAACUACAAUUCCCAGCGUCCACCACUGCAGGACCAAGCAGAAUUGUAUCAGGCUAACGUUCAGGAGGCCAGUGGACUGAGGGGACAGGCCAGGCUGGACAGACACCAUGUGACCAAUAACAAUCUAAUGAUUGAGUUUCUGACACAUGAGGAACCUUCCGGCUCUUCAUUAACAGAGCUGUAUAAUGGAAGCUACAACGCAGAACAACAGGGAAAGCAAUUCCCACCACAACCAAACACGGAUCAGUUUGUCUUCUCUCAUGGCACCAAUAUGAACAGAAUGAAUGAGAGAGGCAGUGUGGACUUGAGUAAGGCGAAUUUUGGACACUUCUAUCAGCAGCAUGGUUCAAUUAUACCCUUUCCUGAUUCCAAAUUUCUCCAGACAGGAGUGGCCAUGGAGACACCUACUGUCCCUUCUCAUCACUACAAUUUCAUCCCAAAUUACUCCCACCAUAGGCUUUAUCCCCAGCCAGUAGGCUAUGUUCACAGCCAGGCAGCUGGUCUCAUACCUUCACCACAAACCCAGCUCCCUGAUUCAACAGCACCACCCACAGGCAUGGAGGGGAAACGCGGUCGGAGACUAGUUACAAAGAAACGAGCUGCAGUGCAUACCUGUGAAUACCCUGGAUGCCGCAAAACAUACACCAAGAGUUCCCACCUGAAAGCGCACUUGCGCACACACACUGGAGAGAAGCCCUACCACUGCACUUGGGAUGGCUGCGGCUGGAAGUUUGCCCGUUCGGACGAGCUGACGCGGCACUACCGCAAACACACAGGGCAAAAGCCGUAUGAGUGUAUGUUGUGCCAGCGAGCGUUCUCCCGCUCUGAUCACCUAGCGCUCCACAUGAAGAGACAUGCCUGAGAGUGAGUUACGAGGAAUAGGACACAAAACACACAUGCACACACAUGCU